UCUCCUAGUAGCUCAAAAUCACAAAACCCAAAACAACCCAUUGCAACUUGGCUACUCAGUUUCAGUGUGUUUCUGUUACUCUGUCUUUUUGCUUUGUUUUAGGUUUUGGGAGGAGAUAUUUAUCAAGGUUCUCUGUUUCAAAGUCUGUGACUUUUCAAGAGAGAAGAUUUUGGAUUUUAGAGAAUGUAUGCAGAAACUGGUCUUUUGUUCCCUUAUUUCCAGAAUACCCCUCAAGACUUUCAGCAGUUGGAGGAGUUCUGCAGAAACCAGAAAUUCAAUGCUUCAAUGAAUAACCUUGUUGAGGCCUCCAUGAUAUCAGAAUACGACCUGGGAGGAGAUUGGGAUCUAUUUAAAGCUCCAGAGCCUAUCAUCGAAGAACCAGUUCUUGGCCUUGAUCCCAUGACAGCAGCCUCAAUGAUGUCUUGUGGGGAAGAUGUCAUCUCGUCUCAAGGACUCAAGGCUUCAGACAUUGAAUCACUUCAAAGUGAACAGCUAUUGGAUGAUGUCUUCUAUGACAAGGAUAUCCUAGAAAAGGAUCCAACAGAAACACCACUUUCAGAGGUCCUUGAUAUCAAAAUUCCUGAUUUGGGGACAGAUGGAAAUCAAAUUCAAGAAGACAAACCACUUCGUGACAUACAAUUCCAGAAAAGUGUCAGCUCAGGAUGUCUAAGCUCAACGGAGUGGAUGCAAGGAGCUUCAACGAAGCCUAAUUUUAUGGAAUUACCUGGAAUGGAUUUUGCUGCUGCUUAUGGGAUUCGGAGGGCAUUUAGUGAAGGAGAUAUUAAGACUCUCGGUAGCGGUAACAUAAGCCUCGUCCAUCCUCCUCUUGAGCGGUCGAUUAUCAUCACCAACUGCACCACUGAGGAACGCAGGGAAAAGCUUUCAAGAUAUAGGAACAAGAAGACAAAGAGGAACUUCGGCAGGAAAAUCAAGUAUGCGUGCAGGAAGGCUCUUGCUGACAACCAGCCGAGGAUCCGUGGAAGGUUUGCAAAGACUGAAGAAUCUAUUUGUGCCAAGAGGCAAUAACUGUUGACUUAUAAUUUACAAGAAUGUAGGAAUGAAGUAGCUGCUAGGUUCCAUAGAUGUAAUAUGGAAGAGGUCAGUAGUGGUAUUAAGCCUGGCAUGUAGUAGACUUGGACUCAGUUUAGGUAUCGCUCAAUAAAUCAGCCCCCUCUCCCCCCACCAAAAUCCUGCUUGGUAUUUCAUCUCUUUCUUGCUGUAAUAACCUUCUUCUCUCUACGCUAGACCUGCAUGGCCAGUUUCGGAUGUAAAUAGGGUAUGUUAAAUAAACCAGGGAAGCAAAAUCUAGUUGUUACCUGUUCAUAUUAUAUGGUAUGAAGGAAAAUUUUGUGGUUCCA